AUGAUGUAAGUUAUUUUCAAGCGUUCAGCAUUAGAGAAAAUGCAAAAAGUUCCACCACGAGAAAACCAUUCAGCUUAAUAUUCCAAUUCUGAAAUGUUGCUCUUGCAGGUUCGCUCCUCGCCUCAUCUCGUCUGCCGGGACUUCUUCUCCGAUGCCAACCUCAGCUCAAUCCGAGCCAAAGCAGCCAGACACACCCAGACCUAAGUAAUGUUGGGUGUCUCUGGGGAGAAAAUUGGUAUAACCGCUCAAUUGUUUCCCCAGCAAUAAAUCAUUUAAAAAUCAAACCUGUUUUAGUGUUUAUUUGGAGAAAAACGUCUAAAAGUUCGCAGACAUAUGAAUCGGGUCUAUUACGUCGGCCGCCACCUCUGAAAACCUGGAAGUGUGCACAAAGAGUGGCCGUCCGUCAGGUUUUUGCGAUUUCUGAGGAUCCCUUCGCUUCCGUAUAGGAUAUGUUAGGGCGUUUUACGCCGAGGGCGACGGGUCCUUCAGAGGCGAGGGUCGCCCACGUCUCUAUUUCGACGCGACCCGAGGCGGGCGCGGGCGAUCCUCCGCCACCCUAGCUAAAAGUACGGAUUACUGUAGAACCAUCAUUGAUUUGCUAGUUAUGGUCUUAGAAUGUGGUAGAUCUAAACUGCAACUUUAUUAUAAACAUUCUGCACUACUGUAACUGAAGGCGCAGUAAAACUUGGUAGGAUAACUGCGUUAGUGUGGGAUUUAUUAAGGUACGGUAGAGUUGGCAUACAAUUCAUUGACGGUUUCUGUAUCUAGGAACUUAGUAUUACUACGGUAAUCCUUAUCAUGGUCUCUUUCAGAUAUUGUAGCUUCGAACUUCAGGUCGCAAUGGCUCGUCGAGUUCCUUCUUCAAAAUCGGCGACUCGACGAAAUUGUCGAAUUUGAAGCGGAACCAGAAGAUCGAUCCUCUCUUCGACAAGUACGCGGAUCCGAACGCGUGGCGCAUCACUCGUGUCAAGAAAAGGAUAUACAAUCCGAACAAAUAAUCUAUAUUUCUCGCUUUUUUGUUGUUCUCGGUCCCCAUUCUCCAGUGUACUCGACUUGUACAUUUGUUUGUUCUGAAUAGCCCCCAAGUGAUUCUGAAUAAUCUCAUUUAUUAACGAAUCUAUUGGGGAGCGACUACGCAAAGAGCGCCAAAGUUCCGCCAAAGCAAAUAGUCCGUGUCGUUGGGCGCCUGGACGAAGUUGCAGUAGAUGUCGUUGAGCAGAGAGUUACGGUUGGAGUUGCCCGGGUAGACGGUGAAUUCGAUGCACUUUUCAAUGUCACCGAAAGGAAAAAGUAUUGUUUUUCUAGAAGCUUCACCCUUAUUUGAGGUAUUCCAGUCUUAUGGUAACUGUAACACUACCAAAAAGAAGCUACUGUAUCCUUUUCAACUCUUAUGUUACUGUAGUACUGUAAUUUUAAAAGGUUUAGGAUUAUUGUAGAAAAUCCUGUGUCGAAAAUCUUUCAACACUCUUUUUUCGAAUCCUCUUGGCACGGUGCCAUGACAUUUCGAAAUCCCAAUCGUACAUUCCAAUCAGAGUCCUUUGUUGGCGUCCUUAUCACUAAUCUCCCCCGGUAAUCAAGACCGCAGGAAUUUCAGCUUCAAGCGGAAUUGCAGCAAAUUUCAAAGCAAUCGACUUAAUUACCGUUGGAGAUUAGUGAUAAGAACGAAGGGCUCUGAUGGGAACGAACGAUUGGGAUUUCGAAACGUCAUGGCACCUUACCAAGAGGGAAAAAAGAGUGAUAAAGAACUGAAGGAUUUCCGAUUUCGAAUGCAAGCAUUCAACACCGAGUCGAUAGUUCGAUCGAUCUGUAAUUUGGACCCAAUAUACAGGGGAAAAGUAUGGAAAAAUGCUGAAAUCUGUGUAAAUGCUGAAUCUCCGAGUUGAGCAUGUCUAUGUUAUGCAUGUUUUGUAAAACGUGUGAGAUAAUCCUAAUCUCUUUUUCGCUAUUCUCACGUUUGUACUUUACUGUCAGGUUUUUGGAUACGGCGGCCGACGCAGGUAUUCCGAACGGCCCAAACGCUCGUUUUCUGAUCACCUGCGAUGCAAACGUGCAUUUCUGUCCGUUCUCCAGAAAAUACAUAAAAAUGGGAGAGGGGUGUUCCGUUUUUUUCUAUUUUUUAUCGCUGAUCGGAAUAAUAAAAAGAUCAGCACCAAAAAUUCUGAUAUAAAAGCUCCAGGAAACUCACUCACAUCCAUUCAGUCUUCCUGAUUCGACUCUCUUCUCUCCAGGACAAAACUAUCCGAGACCACAAGAUGUAAGUUAUUUCCAAGCGUUCAGCAUUAGAGAAAAUGCAAAGAGUUCCAUCACGAGAAAACCAUUCAUCCCUAAUAUUCAAAUUCUGAAAUGUUGCUCUUGCAGGUUCGCUCCUCGCCUCAUCUCGUCUGCCAAGACUUCUUCUCCGAUGCCCACCUCAGCUCAAUCCGAGCCAAAACAGCCAGACACACCCAGACCUAA